CCCAGUCGUCUUUUCAAAAUGGAAAGGUGUAUGUUAACUCUCAUCGUACUUUCUACAGGCCUUGUAGGCGGCCUUCACAGAAACUCAUGGAAAAAUUGCAAAAGGCUCGGCGCCCAUCCUACCGAGCAGAAACCAGCAAAGGUAUGCUGGUACCAUUGCUAUGACGAAGACAGAAAUAGAGUGCACCGAAAGUUGGAAUCCUACGGCACGCCGUGCACCGGCUGGCCAAACCGGCCCCUUGGCUUCUGUUGGGGCUCGCAUUGCUACCAGGACCACUUCGGCAGGCGCCCACCCUGGACUCCACCUCCGGGCAGUGACGGCCCAACGAGUCCAUCACCGACCGGCCAGACCACUGCCACUGUUAGGCCGCCGCGGUCUGAGUCUUACCGGCGCGGUAGUGCCGAACAAACUGUCAACAGCACCGCAAAAAGCAACUCAACGCCCUACAAUGAGGCGCCCGUGAACAAGCCCAAAUAGCGCCUUUGGACGCCGAGCAGAGAGCAAUGCUCGACACUUCAUGAACCACCGGCCGCUCAAGGAUGACCUGGCAGUAGAUCAGGGGCAGAAGUUAAGAGAAAGAAUAAGAAAAGCAAGAUUUGUGUUUUUCAUCUC